AUGGACCAAAAACACGAUGGUAUGGCCCGCAAUGUCGCUGGCGAAGACGAUGAACAGUCUAUAAGAUUUAGUGUUUUAGAUGUGCUACGCAUGGCCGCAGGUCUUGUACUACUAAUCGCAGUGAUGCUAAAAUUCGGUACUGGGUCAUUUUUCCCGCGCUUUUCGGCCAAAAACACAUCGAGUUCAACUCAUGAACAAGUUCCAGGACCCUACUGGGCUACUAAGUCGUUACCACUGCUGUUUUCCGCUUCAGAAUUGGCACAUUUCUCCGGGAGGGCCCCUAAUGUCCCGAUCUUACUGGGGAUCAAAAGUCACGUGUUCGACGUUUCUUCACGUGCUUCCAUGUAUGGCCCACGUGGCCCAUACUCCAAAUUCGCAGGCUGUGACUGUUCGCGUGUGUUCAGUCAUAGUAUGUGGGAUGUGCGUGGUAUGCGAGAAUCCUGUUCAGCAAGUCUUGACGCACUUUCGGGUCCAGAACUCGAACGCGUGGACGAAUGGCUACGGUUUUUCGAGAGAAAAUAUCCGCUUAUAGGCUACAUGCGUGAGCCGCAUGAGACUCAUGGAGAAAUGCCUGUCUCGGUGUGA